AUGCCAGAUAUCAACCAUUUGGUUCUGGUCGAUCUACUCCGUAUUGAGCAACAAGCCGCCCCCCGGCCUGACAGACAAGAGCUGUCUGCUAGGGUGGCCAUGUUGAUCAACGGAAAACGCGAUUUGAUCAAGAAUCAAUACCCUAUUGGUAUUCAAGACUAUCUAUCUUUGUUGAAUCAAAGAUUCCAUCCACACAUUGCUCGACAUGACGAAGAGACUUCUACUCUGGAAUAUGCACUCUAUACGGAGUACUGUUUUUUGAUGAUCACUACAUCUCCAAGCAAUCAGAAACCAAAUGAUGUUCUCUAUAGAUAUCAUAAAAUCACUACCCCUGUCAACCCUCGUAAAGAGCAACUAUCGUUGGCUGCCAGCAAACCGCAGCUUUGA